AUGUCUUCCCAAUCUACAUCUACAUCUACCCAAUCCCAACCACCAUCCAUCCCCUCCAUCCCAAAACCUCAGCCAUCCACCACCACCACCACCACUUCAUCAACAACCCAAUCCCCCAGACCAAUCCUCGCUCUCCUCAAACGCAACCCCUCUCUCACCAAAGAAGAAUUUUCAAAACAUUGGUUUGAGAGGCAUGCACAACUCGUUGUGCCGUAUUUUCUAGAGGGAGGGGGAGUGGAGGAGUAUGUACAGGUUAGUAGUGUUUAUUUGUGGUUUAUUUUUCUGUUUUGUUGGGGGGUCUUGUGGAGGAGGUUGGACAGAAGGGCGACGAGGAAGAGGGGGGGAGAGGGGAGGGGUUGGGGGGUGAAAAGAAAGUGGAAGGCGAAGAAGUGGCAUUUGGCAAGCAGAGAAAAGAAGAGAAGAGAAGAGACUCAAAAAUGGGGUGAUGAUAAGGGAAAAAAAACAUCGUCAACUAUCUUUUAUAGAGAAUGGCCCAGAGGUCCAGUUAUCCAGGCGAGGAAUACAGAAAGUUUGAUACAUCAUAAAGCGAGCAAGGACUGA